AUGGGGCUGUAUACUGCCCCCAUACUUUACGUCGGCAGUCAUUUGUCCCUCAAGCAAAACGAAGUAGAUGCAACUACGGGGGAGAAGCUCAAUAAGGGAGAGGCCAUGAAUAGAACAGAUGCCAUGCUGUUCCCUAUCUUCGGAUCAGUCGCCCUUUUUAGCUUGUACCUCGCCUACAAGUUCUUGGGCACAGUCUGGGUGAAUAUGCUGCUUACGCUUUACCUGACUGGUGUGGGCCUGCUGGCAUUGGGGGAGACAAUCUUCGCAGUGGCUAGGCCGCUGUGCCCGCCACGUCUGCUUGAUGAAAGCUGGAUGGUCAUCCGUCCCAGAGGGCCCUUCCUUUGUGUCCGCAAGUGGCUUAGCGGCCCCCCGGAGAAUGGGGGAAUGCCUCCUGAGCAAACCCAGCAGCAAGAACAGCAGCAGCAAGAGCAGCAGCAACAAGAACAGCAGCAGCAAGAACAGAAACAACAGGCACCUAAAGCGGUUGUUGAUUGGAGUUGGCGGUUCAGUCCUCUUUGGAUUAUUUCUCAUUUGGUCGCCGUGGCUAUUUGUAUUUUGUGGCUCCUAACAAAACAUUGGGCUCUACACAACAUCCUAGCCAUCGCAUUCUGCAUCCAGGCAAUAGCUUUAGUGAGCGUGCGGAGUUUCGGCGUGGCGAGCAUUUUGCUGUGCGGUCUUUUCGUCUACGACGUGGUCUGGGUGUUUGGGACAGAGGUGAUGGUCUCAGUAGCGAAGCGCUUUCCCAAGUUCUACUUUUGCGUGGUUCUUUCCUUCUAUGAGUUGGGCCUUCUAACUACAGGCAUCGUUAUGCUCUACGCACAGCAUCCACAGCCAGCCCUUCUCUACCUUGUCCCUUAUUGCCUCUUUAGCCUCUUUGGAGCCGCAGCACUCAACGGAAAGAUCAAGGAGGUGCUCGCAUACAAAGAGGAGGACGAAGGGGGCAGUAACACUUCGUGUUCUUCCGCCUCCGAGCAGACAGAAAAAAAGGAAAACUAA